GUUCUGAGUCUUACCAAAUAGAAAGUGAAAGUAAAAAUAAAUUCCCCUCCAUUCAAAUCUGCAACAACGUGGAUUAAGAUUAAAUCAACUUAUUAAAACAUUGUUCAGAGCCUGAGCGACAUGAGUGGAGCCAACACAGUGCUGUGAAGAUCUAUGAGACUUAGCCUGGAGAGUGACUCGAUUUCUAGGGAAUAGAUUUAGCGUUCAUUCUUCUGCAAUGGUUAAUUCACACAGAAAACUAAUAUUUAAAAGUUACACAGCAUUUUAUUACAUUUUAAUCAUCUUACCCAAAAUAUGCUUUUGUUCUCAGUUCUCAGUACCAUCUAGUGAUCAGUUCAAUAAGUAUGCUGGGGCUUUUCCAGUAGCCACCAAUGGAGAACCAUUUCCUUGGCGUGAGCUAAGGCUCCCCAGAGGGGUCAUCCCCCUCCACUAUGAGCUUUCUGUCCAUCCAAAUCUUACCUCCCUGGACUUCACUGCAUCUGAGCAGAUUGAAGUCUUAGUCAGAGAUGCCACCCACUUUAUCAUCUUACACAGCAAAGAUCUUGAAAUCAUGAAUGUCACCCUUCAUUCGGAGGAAGAUUUGAGAUAUAGGAAACCAGGGAAAAGGCUGAAUGUUUUGAGUUAUCCUGCUCAUCAACAAAUUGCUCUGCUGGUUCCAGAGAAACUUGAGGCUGACCUGAGAUACUAUGUGGCCAUUGACUUUCAGGCCAAGUUAGCUGAUGGUUUUGAAGGGUUUUAUAAAAGCACGUACAGAACUCUUGGUGGUGAAACAAGGACAAUUGCGGUAACAGAUUUUGAGCCAACCGAGGCACGAAUGGCUUUCCCUUGCUUUGACGAACCAUUGUUCAAAGCCAACUUUUCAAUCAAGAUCCGAAGAGAGAGCAGACACAUUGCACUAUCCAACAUGCCAAAGGUUAAGACAAUUGAACUUGAAGGAGGCCUCUUGGAAGAUCAUUUUGAAACGACUGUAAAAAUGAGUACAUACCUGGUAGCCUACAUAGUUUGUGAUUUCCAGUCUGUGAGUGGGACAGCCUCAUCAGGGGUCAAGGUGUCUGUCUAUGCCGCCCCGGAGAAAUGGAGUCAAACCCAUUAUGCUUUGGAAGCAUCACUGAAACUGCUCGAUUUUUAUGAAAAUUACUUUGAUAUCAACUAUCCACUCCCAAAAUUGGAUCUAAUUGCCAUUCCUGACUUUGAAUCUGGAGCCAUGGAAAACUGGGGACUCAUCACAUAUAGAGAGACGUCACUGCUCUUUGAUCCCAAGACCUCUUCCGCUUUCGAUAAACUGUGGGUCACCAGAGUCAUAGCCCAUGAACUAGCACACCAGUGGUUUGGCAACCUGGUUACAAUGGAAUGGUGGAGUGAUAUUUGGCUCAAUGAGGGUUUUGCAAGAUAUAUGGAACUUAUCUCUGUUACUGCCACAUAUCCAGAGCUACAAUUUGAUGACUACUUUUUGGAAGUGUGCUUUGAAGUAAUUAAAAAAGACUCAUUAAAUUCAUCCCGUCCUAUCUCCAAAGAGGCAGAAACUCCUACUCAAAUACAGGAAAUGUUUGAUACGGUUUCCUACAACAAGGGAGCUUGUAGUUUGAAUAUGCUGAAGGAUUUCCUAAGUGAGGAGAAAUUUCGGAAAGGAGUUAUUCACUACUUGAAGAAGUUCAGCUACAGAAAUGCUAGGAAUGAUGAUCUGUGGCUCAGUCUGUCAAAUAGUUGUACAGAAGGUGAUUUCACAUCUGGUGGAUUUUGUUAUUCUGAUUCCAAGAGGACAACCAGCACACUCACCUUUCAGGGGGAACAUGCGGAGGUCAAAGAGAUGAUGGCUACGUGGACUCUGCAGAAAGGAAUUCCUCUCGUGGUUGUUGAGCAAGAAGGGCCUCUGCUCAGGCUGCGACAGGAGCGCUUCCUAAGCGGGGUGUUUAAAGAGGAUCCUGAAUGGAGGGCCCUGCAGGAAAGGUACCUUUGGCACAUCCCACUAACCUACUCCAUGAGCUCCUCUAAUGCGAUUCAUAGACAUGUUCUAAAAUCAAAGACAGAUACUCUGGAUUUACCUGAAAAUACCAGUUGGGUGAAAUUCAAUGUGGACUCAAAUGGCUACUACAUCGUUCACUAUGAGGGGCAUGGAUGGGACCAACUCAUUACACAGCUGAAUCAGAACCACACACUUCUCGGACCUAAGGACAGAAUAAGUCUGCUUCAUGAUGCAUUUCAGCUAGUAAGUGCAGGAAGGUUGACCAUAGACAAAGCCCUUGACCUGACUCGCUAUCUCCAACAUGAAACAAGCAGCCUUGCACUUCUCAAAGGUCUGGGGUACUUAGAAUCGUUUUACCACAUGAUGGACAGAAGGAAUAUUUCAGAUGUCACCGAAAACCUCAAGCAUUACCUUCUCCAGUAUUUUAAGCCAGUGAUCGACAAGCAAAGCUGGAGUGACGAGGGCUCCGUCUGGGACAGGAUGCUUCGCUCAGAACUCCUGAAGCUAGCCUGUGACCUGAACCAUGCUCCUUGCAUCCAGAAGGCAGCUGAACUCUUCUCUCAGUGGAUGGAAUCCAGUGGAAAAUUAAAUGUCCCAACAGAUGUUUUGAAGAUUGUGUACUCUGCAGGCGCUCAGACGACAGCUGGAUGGAAUUACCUUUUAGAGAAAUAUGAACUGUCAAUGUCAGGUGCUGAAAAAAACAAAAUUCUGUAUGCACUGACAACCAGCAAACAUCAGGAAAAGUUGAUGAAAUUAAUCCAACUAGGAAUGGAAGGAAAGAUUAUCAAGACACAGGACUUGGCAGUUCUUCUUCAUACAAUUGCUAGGAAUCCCAAAGGGCAAAAAUUAGCAUGGAAUUUUGUAAGAGAAAAUUGGACCCAUCUCCUUAAAAAAUUUGACUUGGGCUCAUUUGCUGUGAGAAUGAUCAUCUCUGGCACAACAUCUCACUUUUCUUCCAAGGAUGAGUUGCAAGAGGUGAAACAGUUCUUUGAAUUUCUUAAAGCCCAAGGAUCACAUCUGGAUGUUUUUCAAAUUGUUCUGGAAACCAUAUCCAAAAAUAUUAAGUGGCUGGAGAAGAAUCUUCCCACUCUGAGGAGCUGGCUACUGGUUAGGACUUAAAUGAUCAAUAGAAAGAGCACAUCAGAUGCAGGUUAUGUCUUCAUGAAAAUGGCAAAGUUCAAGUCAGAAUUCCAGAUAUUUUGUCUAAUCAGUAAGAAGUUUCAAGAAAUCAGCCAGCCCUGUCCAGUGUGGUUCAGUUGGUUGGAGCAUCAUCCUGUAUCUGAAAGGUUGAGGGUUCAAUUCCCAGUCAGGGCACAUAACUUGGUUGUGGGUUCAAUCCCCAGUCUUGAGCACAUAGGAGAGGUAACCAGGUAACCAAUAGAUCUUUCUCUCUUGAAUUGAUGUUUCUUUCUCUCUCCCUUCAUCUCUCUCUAAAAAGCAGUGAAAAAAUGUCCUCAGGUGAGGAUUUAAAAAAAAAAAAAAGAGGAAAAGGAAAGCCAGCAUAGUUGUCUGCUCUAAGCCAUGGUCUCUAGUGGAGAGAUAUAUAGUGCUGGGGGUGGGUUAAGGCCAGUUCAGAAGCCUAUUUAAAAGUAAAGUUUUUGAAUAAUAGAGAUAUGUGGAAAUAUAAAUAUGGACACAUAAAUACAGCUGUAAUAGUUUAGCCACGACACAAACUAUCUACAUUGCCUCACAUUAUGCCACUCUUUUGCUACUUUGCUCCUCGCUUAGGAUCCUAGAGUUUGCCCAACCAGUUUUACCUCCUGCCAUCUUCUCACUCUUCCGCUCCUUCUACUUAGCCUGAAUAGUUUAAUUAUGAUGGAAAAUCUGAAGCAAAUAUGAAGUGAAUAUCAGGAAAACAGAGAUUUUGUCUCCAAAUCUCAGAUUAGGAACUAGAUGUCAGGGUUUAUCAGGAGGCCAGGAGGGAGUCUUGGCUUGAGCCUCCCAUUCAUGAAAAGCCUCAAGGACAUUCUUUGAGUUCAUCUUCAAAUGAAGCAAAAUCUGUAGUCACAGAGGUCCAGGAGGGGAAGGCAAUGCUGCAUACUUUAAUCCAUACAUUGUUGCAUUUUAAAUAAAUCUUUUGGAAGUUGCAGAAUUAGAUUAUAUUGUGUAUAUUUGGGUUAAAUUGUAGUUUAAUUUAAAUAUUUAAAUGUAUCAUGGUAUUUUUAACCAGUUUUAGCAUGUCUUCAUAUUUUAAGAAAACCUCUUGAUCUCUGAAAUACUUUUCUAAAUGCUUUUCUUAAUUGUUUGAAUAAGGUAUUGGAAAUAAAGAAACCACCCCUCUAAAUAUAGUAGUAAAUUUAAUAAAUUCAUGACCCCACAUAUGAAUCAGUACAAAAGCAUAAAUAAGUUCUAGAAAGAUUUGAAUCAAUACACAAUUCAUUUAUCUGGCUUAUUAAGGGAAACUGGGCUGUUGGGGCAGGGGACAUGGUGGGGGGUGUAAUCCAAUUCUUUUUGGAGUGAUAUCAUGGUUUUUAGACCUUUCUCAGUCAGAGACAGAAUACAGUUUGGGUGGCCCAUGAGCAUGAAACAAUAUGUGUUCUGUUAAGUUUGUUUUCAAAUCAUUUCUUCGAGUCUUUGAAGUGUCUUCAACUCUAGAUUUGACCUGGUCAGGGUUCUAUCAAGGUCUGUGUAACACUGUGGUGAUAUCCCUCUAGAAUUAUACGUACUUUUGGUAAGAAAACUGCAAGAGUAAAGAAUACUGUUCUUUUUCCCCAACAAGCUAAUAUGUAAAACAGCUGUAAAAUGUGUAUGAGAUUCCA